GCCUGUACAUAAGCAUUUGGCAGCACGCGAGCAGCUCCGAAGACAUCAGCACUGCGCGCUCUCGCGCAAGCUAUAGCCAGCCUCGCGCUAUCUCGUGCUCCUACCAGCGACACCACACCUCCGAUUCACGUCGUGCCUUUGACCGGCGUGGGAGAGCGAGGACCGGGGAUGGCCGGCGGCGUUUUCCUCCUCAACGGCGCCGGCGCGCCGGACUACGGCGGCGCGCUGACCGUCCCCGUCGUGGUGACCUGUCUCAUGGCGGCCUCCGGCGGCCUUAUCUUCGGCUACGACAUUGGCAUCUCAGGGGGCGUCUCGGAGAUGGAGUCUUUCCUGAAGAAGUUCUUCCCGGGCUUACUCAAGACGACGAGGCACGCGAGCAAGGACGUCUACUGCAUGUACAACGACCAGGCGCUCACGGCCUUCACCUCCUCGCUCUACGCCUUCGGCAUGGUGGGCACGCUGGUGGCGAGCCGGGUCACCCGGCGGGUCGGCCGCAAGGCCAUCAUGGUCAUCGGGGGGAGCAUGUUCCUCGUCGGCUCGCUCGUCAACGCCGCCGCGGCCAACCUCGCCAUGCUCAUCGUCGGGCGGAUGCUGCUCGGCCUGGGCCUCGGGUUCUCCGGCCAGGCCACGCCGGUCUACCUUGCCGAGAUGUCGCCACCGCGGUGGCGCGGCGGGUUCAUCUCCGCGUUCCCUCUGUUCAUCAGCGUGGGGUACCUCGUCGCCAACCUGAUCAACUACGGCACGUCGCGGAUUCCCGAAUGGGGCUGGCGCCUGUCCCUCGGCCUCGCGGCCGUCCCCGCCGCCGUCAUGGUGCUGGGCGCCGUGCUCAUCACGGACACACCGAGCAGCCUCGUCCUGCGCGGGAAGCACGACCAUGCCCGCGCCGCGCUCCAGCGCGUCCGCGGCAAGGGCGUGGACGUUGACGCGGAGUUCGGCGACAUACUGGCCGCCGUGGAGCACGACCGGCGGAACCAGGAGGGCGCGUUCCGGCGGAUCCUGCGGCGGGAGUACCGGCCGUACCUGGUGAUGGCCGUGGCGUUCCCCGUGUUCCUGAACCUCACCGGCGUGACCGUGUCGGCCUUCUUCUCGCCGAUACUCUUCCGGACCAUAGGGUUCGGUAGCGACGCGGCGCUGAUGGGCGCCAUCAUUCUCGGCCUGAUGAACAUCGGCGGCAUCAUCGCCUCGGGCGUCGCCAUGGACCGCUACGGCCGGAAGCUGCUCUUCGCGAUCGGCGGCGCGCUCAUGUUCACCUGCCAGGUGGCAAUGGCGAGCAUCGCGGGGACGCACCUGGGGCACGGCAGCAAGAUGCCCAAGGGGUACGCGGUGGCGGUGCUGGUGCUGACGUGCGUCUUCUCGGCCAGCUUCAGCUGGUCGUGGGGUGCGCUGUACUGGACCAUCCCCGGCGAGAUAUACCCGGUGGAGGUGCGGUCGGCGGGGCAGGGCACGGCGGUGGCGCUCAACCUGGGCCUCAACUUCGUGCAGGCGCAGUGCUUCCUGGCGAUGCUGUGCAGCCUCAAGUACGGCGUCUUCGUCUUCUACGCGUGCUGGCUCGUCGUCAUGACCGCCUUCGCCAUGGCGUUGGUGCCGGAGACCAAGGGCGUGCCGCUUGACUCCAUGGGCCACGUCUUCGCGCGCCACUGGUACUGGGGCAGGUUCGUCAAGGACCACAAGUUCGGAAAUGAGUCCACCUGACCUGCGUCUGCGUGCGUCCUUGGCAUAUGGCUUGGUUUCGCAUUGUGUCAUGGAUAUAUAAUACUCCUAUUAGCGCUAGAUUGGUACUCGUAGUCCGGUAAAACUCGAAAGUGGGAGAAUCAAAAGGGCGCGCCUUGCUGCACCCAUAAACCAAGGGACAAAAAUAUAAACCUUUAGCUAAGAUUUUUAGACCGAGCGAUGCUCUCUUGUCGAAAAACUUUUAAUCCGUCUA